AUGGUUUCCCAACAAAGCACCCAAAAGAUCCAAGAGUUGAUCAAGUCCAAGCCAGUUUUCAUUGCUUCUAAGACUUACUGUCCUUUCUGUACUGCCACUAAGAACACCAUCAACUCCAUCACUAAGGACGCCUACAUCAUCGAAUUGGAUACUUUGGAAGACGGUUCCGACUUGCAAGAUGCUUUGGAAGAAUUGACCGGACAAAGAACUGUUCCAAACGUCUUCAUUGGUGGUCAACACAUCGGUGGUAACUCCGAUGUUCAAGCUUUGAAGUCUGCUGACAAGUUGGAAGACAAGAUCAAGGCUGUUUUGUAAUUUUAAUGACAAUAAACGAAUAGUACUGG